GACGAAUACUUCAACCCCUACGAUGUUACCGACCAUCUUCAAGUGGACAAGCGCUUUGGCAGCGAAGCAGAUUUUAAGGAACUCGUUGAUGCCGCGCACAAUAGAGAUAUGCAUGUUGUGAUGGAUUUGCCAAUAACAUCGGUGUCCGUCCAACAUCCAUGGUUCCGCGAUGGCGAAGCUGACGUUUUUGUCACGGCAAAGGAAGGCUCGGCCGCUUUCGGUCAAGAGAACUAUCACCAGUUCCAUGGUGAUAACACUACAAUGUACCUUGGCUACCCUGACGCCGCAAAUCCGGUGCUAAAUUGGUCGAAUGCGAAAGUGAAGGAGACGAUCAUAGAGGCUAUCAAGAAAUAUCUGAAGAUUGGUGUAGACGGUUUCCAUAUAGAUCAUAUCAGCCAGCUGGCCCUCGAUGAGAAUGGAAAUCCGAAUAAUAAUCUUGAGGGUGGAAUUAUUUUCAUUGAUAGAAUCGAUAUAGGAAACGCACUACACAACAAUUCAACUACUCGGUUUUUUGAAGACUUAGACUUUUGA